AUCGAACAGGCCUGCGAUUCAUGCCGUAAGCGCAAAUUGAAGUGCUCCAAAGAGUAUCCUCGCUGCUCCAAGUGUAUCCACCACAGCUGGUGCUGUUACUACAGCCCACGGACCGUGCGGUCGCCGCUCACCCGUGCCCAUCUCACCCAGGUCGAGAACAAG